AAAUCAAUGAACUUGCCAUCUUUGGUAAGUUAUAACUAAUUCCUCAAAAAGACAAUCCUGCCCUUACCGAGCGACGACGCCGUAUUACUCCUUACGGACGCAGCGGAUGACGUCGGUUAUAACUUAUAACUAACUUAAAACAGAAAAAGGAAAAUGACAAAAUAGCUUUAACACUCUCUCCCUCCCAAUUCAAAUUCACCCAACUCCACCCUCCUCUCUCUCUCUCUCUCUCUCUCUCUCUCGCUGAAGUAAGAAAUGGCGGCGAACGGAAAGAAGCUAAGAAGCUCACUCUACGUGGGUGAUCUGCACCCGGAUGUCACCGAGAAAGAUCUCACUGACACAUUUUCACGCGUUGCUCCGCUGCUAUCCGUCCAUCUCUGCCGCCACAAGCCCUCCGGCAGGUCCCUCUGCUACGCUUACGUCAAUUUCUGGCUUCCUUGUCACGCUUUCACCGCUCUGAAAUGCCUGAAUCAUACUCUGAUGAAGGGUAAACCGAUUAGGGUUAUGUGGAAUGAGAGGGAUCCGACUGCGAGAAAGGAUAACAAUGCGAACCUCUUUGUGAAGAAUCUUGACAAAUCGGUCACCAGUCCCAUAUUGGAAGAAGCUUUCUCCAAAUAUGGAACGGUAGUUUCUUGCAAAGUUGCUCAUGAGAACGGAAUUAGUAAGGGUUUCGGGUUCGUUCAAUUUGAUUCAGAGGAUUCUGCUGUGGCAGCUCGCACUGCUCUUCAUGACGCUAUUCUGGCAGGCAAGAAAUUAUAUGUCACCAAAUUUCUGAGGAAGAAUGAAAGGAAUGGUGCAGAGGGGUGUUUCAAGAGCCUGUAUGUGAAGAAUCUCGACGAAGAUAUCACAGCAGAUGUCCUCAAAGAUAGAUUUUCAGCGUAUGGGAAGGUCUCAGACGCUGUGAUAAUGAGGGAUGAGAAGGGCAGUUCAAAAGGAUUUGGAUUUGUCAACUUUGAUUCGCAUGAAGCGGCUAAAAAAGCCAUGGAGUUUCUCAAUGGAGAAAAGCUAGGAUUCAAGAAUAUCGUUGUUGAUAGAGCUAUGAAGAAAUCUGAACUAAGAAAUAAUGCUGGGCAAAUGUCUGGAAAUACCUAUACUGAUCACAAUAAGGAGUCACUAACUGCAGGAGCUCAGCUGAAAGAGCAAGAAUACAGAAUGUUGCAUAAGCCCUGUGAGAAGUUCCCACGUCGGCCAUUUUAUGCUGCUGAGUGUCAGCAACGACAGCUCUGCAACUUUACUUACUUCAGUGGUCCAGCUCCAUUCAAGCAACCGAGCACCACGUUGCAUUCUACUUUAUAUCAAUACUUUGCUAGUAGUCCUUUCAAGGCAUCUUACCCCAUCAUACCUCAGAACCUCCACGGCACCUUUGAUGCAUCUCAUAAGAAAGUAGCUGCUCUGAAUGGAGAGAUGCCGAAGGCUCAAAAGCUGCUAUCCCCACUGAAGCUCGGUAGCAAGGGUGAUGGGAAGGUAGUCUCUGCCAUCAAAACUCUGAAAUUUCCUAAGGAAAUUGCUACUCUGGUUGGAUAUAUUCAAGAAGGGUAUUUGGAUAUGCCGGAGGCUCAAAAACUGCUAUCCCCAAUGAAGCUCGGUAGCAAUGGUUUUGGGAAGGAACUCUCCACCAGCAGAACUAUAAUCACGAUAAGGCCAGGAGAAAACAGGAUCUGCUAGCCUGAAGCUCUCAACCAAGAUGAUCACGAACGCACACUGAGAUGCUGUUUGAAUCUGAAGGCGGGAAUGAUAAUUGUUGAUAUCUUAGAACCUCAAACUGAUAACAUAGAAUCAUAUUUUGUUUAGUGAUGUGAUCCGAUGCUUCUUCUCUAUUAAUGUGGUGCAAAGUGCCAAGGCUAUUAGCACUGUUCUUCAAU